AGGGGCAGGUGAGCGGCGGCGUGGGCUUACCAUGCAGAAAUACUGUCUCUCGCACAGUGAAAGGAUCGCAACUCUUGGUUAUGCCUAAUGAAAAGACAGAACAUUUCAUGAUUAAAGGAAACUCCCCUGACAAACCAUAUUACAUCAUUCCGUGAAAAGCGAUGUAAAUACCAUACUGUAAGUGUGUGUGUAAGAGAGAGGGGGAGAGAGACGGAGUGACAGCACGUACACACAGGUCGGCCACACCCCCAGCUGAUCCAACACCCGCCUCCACCACCUCUCCUCUCCUGUGCGGUGCACAGACCUGCCUCUGGACCCUCCGACAGCAGCACCGCCAGGCCUUUAGGGAUAACUCCUCUAAAGAAAAUUGUGCGAGAAACAGCAACAAGAAGCCUACAUGAGUCAAAACAUCAAGAACGAAGGUGCUGACGAGACACGCCCGCCAAGUCUCUGAUCGGAGCACCCUCACGCCCACGCCGAAUCCACGCCCACGCCUCAGAAUUCAAUAGCAGAGUGCCAGCACGCCCGCCGCCAUGACCGAGGUGAUCCAGGGAGGGGUGGAGUACCCUGCCACGCCGCACUUUCAACCCCCGCCCGAGCUGCCGCCAGAGUUCCCCGACGACGGUCCCUCGACGCUCCUGCCCUGCACCAUCUGCAACCGCACCUUCAACCCGCAGGCCCUCGACCGCCACAGGAGGGUGUGCGAGAAGCUGUCCACCAAGAAGCGCAAAACUUUUGACUCGACGAAGCAACGGGUAGAGGGCCUGGACGUGUCCCCGACCGCCGCGGGCCGAGGGAAGGGCGACAGCAAGAGCAGCCAUCCGCCCAAGAACAAGUCCAAGUGGCGAGAGAAACACCAGGAGUUCCUGAGGGCCAUCCGCGCAGCCAGAGGAGCCCCGAACGACGGCGAGAAUGGCCCCGGAGCUCCCGUGUCCACGAUCCCCUCCGACUACGUCCGCUGCCCGCACUGCGAGCGGCACUUCGGCCCCAAGUCCGCCGACCGCCACAUCAGCUGGUGCCGCGAGCAGAGCACGAGGCUGCCCCGCUCGCCGGCCAACAACGAAGCCGUGGAGCGCCUCAAGAACCGCACGAAGGUAAGUGAUGUGUACGUCCGUUGGUCGAUCCUGGGAAGUAAUAUCAAGGUCUCCUUUGUAGCUGGCACGGGACGCUGACCGUCGGGGAAUUCA